AUGAGCUUUCUUACUCCUAUAUUUCUCCAUUGCGGUAACUGGUCGAGUCUUCUUAUACUUCCUCUCGUAGAUGAAACAAGCAUUGCACAAAACUCCAUUCUCCGAUCGAACAUUUCUCCAUUGACAUGUUUCCGUGACGAAGCAGUUGGAGCAUUGUUUGGGAGCAUCCUGGGGACGAUGGGGAGUGGUGGUGGUGAUGUCAUCGAAAGCAUUGAGGACGGAGUUGCAGUUGAAGAAGAAGCUGAUGAAGUAUUUGGUGUUGCAAAAGUAGAAGUUGGCAUUGGAGGCGUCAUUGAGAGGAGUGUUGGAUCAGAACCUACGGAGAUAAGAACACCGGGAAAUUCCACCGGAAGUUUAUAUGCAGAAGUCGAGUUGCGGAAUGGGAUUCGAGGUGUCAAUGACUAUAUAAGAGUUAUCGAUGCAGAUGGGAACUGGGACAUGAUGAAUAAUCGCACUGGAAUCGGAGGAAUCCCUAGAACAUUUCUUAUUUCUCCAGGGGGCGAGAUGAGUAUUCAUGUGGUGACAAAGUUUUUGUUCAUGAACUCAAAGUUUUCGAUUACUGUGAAGUAUUAUCGAGCAAGUUGCAAAAUAAUCCUUGACUCGGAAAUGUUCGAUGGAAACAUUGUUUAUUUACCUGGACCCACUUUGGAGCCACUUCCCGCCAAUUUCUCUUGUACCUAUGAAAUUCCAGCACCAGCAGAUGGUUUAUAUGCAAGAGUCACAAUAAUAAGAGGGUUAGAUAAACCAAAUGAUACAAUUACAGUCAUUGAUAUUACUGGGGAGGAGAUAAUCAUAAACAGCACCGACGUCUCAGAUUCAAAUCACCCAUAUUGGUAUGUUUUACCGGGAUCCGUGUUAACUAUGAAGGUAACUACUGCUAUAGAUUCUAUGAACUCCUCGUUGUUAAUAUCAGUGGAGUACCUCAAAGCUAAUAUAGGUCCGACUAGAAUAAUGAGAGCAGACAGCGAAAUUAACUUUGUCGAUAUGUCGACUUUGCGAAAUGAAAGAUAUGACUUUUGCUCGAUAACUUUUUUGAGCGACGAGAGGAUUGUAUUAAACCACGCAUUUAAAGGAGACACAGUUCGCGAGAAUCCGGAUCGGUUUGUUAUUGAUGGUACGUUCAGUGAGCAGAUAAAAGUCUAUCGUUUGGACACAUUGGACCACUGGUCUCUUUUUCAAACAAAAUCAAAAGCCAUCACGAUUGUCACAUUUAUUGAUGGAUUUGAAGGUUUUGUUCUGAAUAGAAAGUCGGAAAGCGAUAAGUUUUAUUUUAUGGAUGCAAUUGCCACUGAUCCCAUAUACCUUUAUCCCUUCGGGAUGCGAGCUAGUACACCUGAUGCCGUUAUGGCUACAGAGGUUGUUCAUUUUGAAGCCAGAGGAAUUUUGGUUCAGAACUUGAAAAUUCACAGUGUAGGAUGA